AUGCCCUCUUCGUUUCUAGCCCCUCUCCAAUCGACCUAUCGUCGCACAACGGCUAGCUCUAGGCAAAGGGAGAAUAGAUCUCAGCUAAACAGCCAGACCUCGUCUAUGAGGAGACGGAAAUCGCGCUCUCCUGAUGUGCGCAUGUUGGAGGAUGUUACCACGGCCAGGAACGACACAGGCGGUCGGAAGAAGAAGAAGCACGCUGCUUCAGCCUUCACGUCUAGCGAGGCUAUUGGAGGCGACGAUACCUAUGAUAGUAGAGGUCGCAAACCCAAGGCUAAACCUAGAACUCAAUCUAUUGUGGAGGAUGUUGAUGUUCCCGACGGCCCUAGUGCAAGUGGGUCAACAAGCAGUCGAAGCAAACGCAGAGAUCGCUCGAAGUCUCGGGAGGCGUCGCAUCGGCUGUCUAAAAGGACAGUAACUCCUGAGCCAUCCGACUAUGAUAUAGAUUCCUGCCAAUUCGCAUCUGCCUCCGGGGAGCUUCAACAAUUGAAAGCGGAAGUCGACAAGUUGCGCAAGACAUUAUCUGGCGCGAAGAGAUCAAUGCAGAACCAAAGUCAAGGUUGGUUUCGUACCGCUCCCCCAGGUGAUGACGAAAUGUACGAUGACGACGACGUUUCUCGACCCCUGAUUCAUCGAAAGAAGACGUGUCCCUGUUGUCGCACUACCGUUGGUUAUCGACCAAUUCCUCUAUUUGUAGUCAAAUCCCUCGCAUCGGUUCUCGAGAAGGCGAAAGUGUCACCUAACACGCCUCCUCACGCAACACCGCCUCCGGAGGAGGACCCAUGGGCAGGAAUAUUCCCCACCGCUAAUUCAUAUCUCCAUGGCGAUGAUUGGAGCGGCAAUGGCUAUGGCGACGAGGAUGAAGAUGCUGACUAUGAUGAUGAAGAUGAGGACGAUGAUUAUGACGAAGAUGAUGAUGACCUAUCGUUCGAUGGGUACGGUACACCCGAAGAUGAUGAGCCCUACGAUGGACCGUAUGUACACCCACGCUGGGCUCCUCCAACUGUCCACAUCAUGCCAGAUGAUUACCCGUUCGAUAUCUCAAUCGACCUCCAAGAGCUCGUGCUGCUACGACGUGGCGCAUCGUUACAGAUGAUUGACAUGUAUUCAAUGGCCUACACGCACGGGGCAGGAAUACGGGCGACCGUGGAUAAUAUGAACAUCAUCUACCUCGGGUGGAACAUAGAACUACGUCCGGACGAUGAGACGGGCGAGGAGUAUAUGGAAUGGAUUCAAUCGGACAUGGAUGAGCAUCCUGAAAGAUGGGAGAUUGAAUAUGACCACAAUGGCUCCUGGGUGGCGUGGAAACUUGUUCCUCCGGACGAAGACGACGAAUACGAGUGUAGUGAUUCCGAUUAUUAUGUCGAGCAGCUCAAUGGAGAAGAUGACUUGUAG